CAGCCCUUACAUGUAGCAUUUAUGAGACCUCUGAGUACAUAUUAUGGAGCAGAAGUGAAAAAGUGCCUAAGAGAUCAUCCCGGACGCUAGUUACACCACACUAAGUGGCAAAGCUAUUUGGACAAGCAUAUUUACAAGCAGCUACGAUGCUAACAGCUGUGAACGGGUUUAGGAAAUGUGGAAUAUGGCCACUUGACAGAAAAGUAUUCACAGACGCUGACUUUAUAGCGGCUGAAACAACAAAUAUAGAAAUAUUGCCGCCUGAAAAUAUAAAUCUUGAAUCAACAUAUCAGGCUCCAACAACUUCAACAUCAACUCCUUUAUUGGCAACACAACAAAAGAUUGCUAUAUCGGAAGUAACCCAAGAUGAACCAUUCAUUCCAGCACAUAAAAAUACUUCUGCUGAUCGUGCAGUUGCCAAACCAAAUAUGAGCUUUGAGGUUUCACCUCGGCCUUCGACUUCUGCAUACUUAACUAAAAAUAACACCCCUGAGAGACAAAUACAGCCAACAAAUUUUUCGUUUUCCGUGACCCCAGAAAAUAUUAUAGCUAUACCCAAAGAAGUAAGCACCAAAGAGAAAAAAAUAAGAAGACGCGGUAAAACUGCAAUACUUACAGCUUCUCCUUCUCAAGAAUGAUCUUAUUAACGAAAUAAAUAAAAGACAAAAAGUAAAUAAAAUGACUGACAAAAAGAAACCUGACAACAAAAAGACUCAAA